AGCGCACGCGGCCGACGGCGACGGCGACGGCGCGAAUCGAUGCCAGUGGGCUGCUGCCAUGUUCUGCCCCAGCCGCCUCGGGUCGCCGCGACGCUACCAGCGCGUCCACGACGACGCCGACAGCGACGUCGCCACCAGACUGUGCUCCCUGACGCUCACGAGGCUGGUGGUGUUGAAGCCCCUGGGGGCCGACCUCAACUCCAUCAUCAUCGCCGUCAAGAUGCAGAGUUCCAAACGGACGCUGCGUUCCAACGAAAUGCUCCUGCCGCCCAAUGGCCUUCUGGACACGGAACUGGAGCUCAACUUCUCGCUUCAGUACCCACAUUUCCUGAAGCAAGAUGGGAACAAAUUGCACGUUAUGCUGCAGCGGCGGAAACGCUACAAAAACCGGACCAUCUUGGGCUACAAAACUCUAGCAGAGGGCAUCAUCAAUAUGUCGCAGGUUUUGCAACGGCAGAUGGACCUGGAACUCGAUCUAGUGAGUGAAAGUAAGGACAAAUCUGUCCUCAGCAGUAUUGUUGCCCGUGUUUCCGUGCAAGCAGUCUGCAGCCAACCUGUUGACCACGAGGAUUCAGCUAAACAUGCAGAGGCACCAGAACGUGGUGUGGCAGACUUUUCUGAUGAGGAAGAUGACUUCAGUAGUAAUGAAGAUGAUGCCUCAGAUUCUGAACCAACAGCUGAAGAUGCAAUGGCAAGAAGGGCUCGUAAAGCAGCUAGAGCAAAAAUUCCAGCAAAUGCCAGGCAACGUAACUUGAAGCAGAAAUUUAUUGCUCUGUUGAAGAGGUUCAGAGUUACUGAAGACCUUCAAGGCCUUGACAAUGACCAAGUGGAAAUAGGACAGAAGCUACAUGGUGGUGACAUGGAUCCAACAGAGAUUGAGGAUUUAUUCGAAGAACUGGAAGAUCUCAGUGACUCUGGUCCUGAAAUGGACACAAUGAGUAUUUCUUCCACACCAAAACCUUCUCUUCGCCCUUUCUUCUCAAGCAGCCGCUCACUGUUGCAAGACACACUGCACGUUCCAGGUGGCCAACAAGGCUACUCUCGCAUCAGGACCCACGCACAACCACCUUACCGCACAGAGAAAGGGCAGGAUCGCAUGAGUGAUGAAAGUUCCAAGAAAGCAGAUUCAGAUUCACAUCCUGAGAAUUGGACAGAUCAUGAACAAAGUGAUCCACAACAGAUGGCAUCCUCUCCUCCCAAAGGAUCAGAUGAAAAUAAAAAGGAUGGAGCUGAGAGAGAGAGGAAAACACGUUUAUUUGCUCGUGAUCGGAAUUCGUCUGGAGGUAAAAACAAAAAGUCUCUUAGUCUUGAACAACGAUCUGCUACAGCUACUACCCCUAGCCCUGUUCAAGGUGACAGUACUCUUCAUGAGCCACGGAAGCUGUUACUAGAGCAGUUGUCACGUGUUUUACCACCUGAUGAUACAAUACCAGAUACUGUGGCUCUUGUUAAUGGCUGUGAUCCUCAGGGUACCUUGCUUGCUUCCCGUCUUCAGGAACUGCGUCAACAGAAAGUUGUUAGCACGAUGGGACCAGCAGAUGUUCGUGCUACUGUUACUUGCCUCGUCAGCAAAAUUCAAAAGUUCUGUAACAGCAAUGCAAAACCACCUCCUCCUAUUAAAGUUUUGCUUGCUGGUUCUGACAGUUUUGUGAAUUCAGUAUUAAGGCUCUAUGUGGACCAGCUGUCCUUGAAGCCGCCUGACUGGCAGAACUACAUCAAAUUCCUCAUAGUUCCUUUAGGCAACAACACAUUAGCUCGGUAUCUUGGAUCUUUGGAUGCCGUAUAUGCCUCUGCAUUCACAGUGGAUAGCUGGAAGGAACUUUUAGAACAUGCAGAGCUACAAAAGACUGACUGCCAAGAAAUGCUCAAUAGGGUUCAUCGUUAUCUGCAUAAUGCGAGUGCCAUUCUUCAACUGCCAAUUGCUGAAGCGAUGAUAACUUAUAAAGAGAAAAGCUCAGACGAUGAAUCUUCUCAAAUAUUUAUACCUUUCAUCAACGAUGUGCGACUGGGACCAAUGGAUGGAACAUCAUCUGCUUCGAUGGACUUGGAUGAAAAUAUGCAGCCACAAGUAGUGUCUGGCUCGCCCCCUUCGCUCGCUUCAGUACCUGAAAAGAAAGAGCGCAUCACCCCUCCUAGCUCACCUAACAUCAACAACUUCUCCAUGGGGCAAUCCAAGGAUCAGCAGCUGUUGCUGCAGACACAGCAACAGCAGCCACAAACCCAGCAACAAACACAGCAGCAGUUUCUAGUGCAGCAACAACAGCAGCAGCAACAACAGCAGCAGCAGCAGCAACAACAACAACAGUUGCAACAGCAGCAGCAGCAACAGCAGCAGCAGCAGCAGCAAUCAUCAGUAUUACAACAACAACUGCCUCAGCAACAACUACUUCAGCAGACACUUCAGGAACCAAUGGAACUGCAGUUAGAUUUCUGGCUGGGUGCUGUCUUAAGUGGGAAAGCUGCAGAUUUUACACAGCCCCAAGGUAAAGGAAAGGGUGACUCAACAAAAUCAACACUGAAGAUGACGUUUCGUAAUCUUCAAGUUCAGCGACUUCCAUCAGCUGGCGAACAUCCAAACCAGUACUUCAUUAUGAGCUAUUCCACCAAAGAGAAGAAACAAAAAAGCACAAGCAGAGGAACUUCAUAUCAUUUGCCUGGAGAAGACUGCUGGCUGGUUGGGUCAGUGUCACUACUUCUAAUCCAUAUGUCAAUAAUGGGACAAGUUAUGAGACUUGGGAAGAAGAAGGAGAAAGAAAAAGAAAGUGAAGCAAAGAGUCAGAUGGUUGAUGGUGUAUCGAGACUCAUCUGUUCAGCAAAAACGCACAACAUUCCACUGAAAGUAUGUAUUGAUGGUACAGAAUGGUCAGCAGUGAAAUUUUUUCAACUGUCAGCACAGUGGCAAACGCACAUCAAGCAUUUUCCAGUUACUCUGUUUAACUUCCCAGAGCCCGCUCUGUAACAUCACAGACACAAGGGCACAGGCAAUAUUGGUUCCUGUUUGUACCACAUGUUUUGAAUAUAUCACUUGUCUUUUGUGACUAUUAAUGGCAGGCUGUGUGUGUGUGUGUGUGUGUGUGUGUGUGAGUGUGAGAGAGAGAGAGAGAGAGAGAGAGAGAGAGAGAGAGAGUGAGUGAGUGUGUGCUACAGAGAGAGAGAGAGAGAGAGAGAGAGAGAGAGAGAGAGAGAGAGAGAUUGCAUGAGCAUUUGCAAUAAUUUUGUGUAUCAUAAGGCUUUCAUUUGCAUAAUUGUGCUGUUUGUAUAAUGAUGGGGAUGAGAGUGUCAGAGUUCAUAUGUAAAUCACUCAUACACAUCACUAAAACAUUUGUCAUGUGCCAAUCAAAUAUAAUACUAUUCUCAGUAUUUUACAAAGUGACUAAAGAAUAUCAAUGACAAUAUUUCUUUUAUCCACAUUUUUUGAGGAAUACAUGGUGUAUCAUAUACAGACUGCUAAUAAUACAUAAACUAAUACACAUUUUGGUAUAUGUGGUACCAAAACAUAUUAGAACUGUUGUUACUAUUGCACAUUUGUCUUCGUGUAUUGAAGUUUAUAAACCAAAAAGAUCUGAUAUUAUUAGUUCUUUGGAAAAGUUAAUAUUCAAAGCCGAGUUUCUGUGUUUGAUUUCAUUGUGGUGAUUUGAUCUGUGAAUUGCUAUUAUUUAUUACAAAAACUUUAACUGUGCAAUACUGCAAGCCAGAAUCAUUGGUACACAUUUUUAUAAGGAGCACAGUCUGUGCGAAUCUUUACUGUUGUGCACUUUGUCAGCUAAAUCUUCUUACUGUAUGUGUGUGUGCUCUUGAAGAGUUAUCAGUGUGAUGUUGAUAAUUAUGUUGUCAUUAUUUAUCUUCUCCCUUGUAAAUAUUUCAUUUGAUGUGAUUAAGAUUUGUAAAUUGUAAAUAUAAUUGUUGAUACAACUGGUACAAACAGUGGAACAUGAACUAGUCAUGGGAGAAAAUACAAUAAACCUGUGCUUAUUACACAAGUGAACCAACUUGUGUUCAGCAGAAUCAAGACUUGCCAGUUCCUGACAUAACUGUUGUGCAGUGCAGUCAAAUGUUAGGAAAUUAUACUACUGUAUUUAUUACUCUGAUGUGAUUUUUUUAUUGUAAAGCUACUUUGUAUUUAAUACACAUGGAUCUGAUUUUGUCGCAAAUAAUUAAAGAAUUGUGGUUUGUACAUAAAAACCAAAUAAAUGUACUGAAGUAUUAUGUAA